GACACUUUAGUCAGUGUCAAAAAAAUUGUUUAAGAUAAUUUAGCUUGUGGAAAAUUUAUACCUAAUAUAAACAGAAAAUAGAAUACGGAAAUCAUUUGAUAAAAUAAGUUCAUACCAUAUUAUUACUUGUGACUUAAAUCAAAUAAGUUAAUCCAUAUUAUGGUCUUCUAUUUCACAAGUGCCGUUGUGUCACCCCCGGUGACAUUAUUCAUGGGUGCUGAUAAACAUGAAAAUGAAGAUUUGAUCAAAUGGGGUUGGCCAGAAGAUGUCUGGUUCCAUGUGGACAAAGUAUCCUCUGCACAUGUGUAUUUACGUCUAACACCUGGUCAAACCAUUGAUGACAUCCCUAAUUCUGUCCUUGAUGAUGCUUGCCAGCUGGUUAAAGCAAAUUCAAUAUUGGGAAAUAAAAUGAAUGAUAUUGACAUAGUUUACACCAUGUGGACAAAUCUUAAAAAGACACCAUCUAUGGAGGCUGGACAAGUAGCAUUUCAUAAAGACAAAGAUGUCAGAAAAGUUAGAGUUGCCAAAAAAAGCAACGAAAUUGUUAAUAGACUCAAUAGAACCAAAAAAGAAGCAUUCCCUGACUUAAGGCUAGAAAGAGAAAACAGAGAUAGGUCUGAAAGAGAAGAUAAAAAGAAAUUAUUAAGGGAAAAAAAGGAAAAGGAAAAAGAAGAGGAGAAAAAGAAGAAGGAAGAGGCUGAGCUCAAAAGUUAUUCAACAUUAAUGAAACCUGAAAAUAUGACAACUAAUUAUGAUGGAAAUGAUUCUGAUGACUUUAUGUGAAAAUAAAAUAAAUUGAGU